AUAUUUGUCAAAUGUCAACAACAAAUACGUCAAAGCAGUAGAUUUCUCCUCCGUUUUGCAUAUAAAAGUAUAAUUGAACAUUAUAAUUAAGAAACAUGACUUCAUUAGCUUCAGUAAUUCCAAAACUAUACCAAGAGUACUCUACGAAAACUCCAAAGAAACUGAAAAUUAUAGAUGCUUAUCUAUUAUACGUUUUCCUGACCGGUGUGAUACAAUUCGUUUAUUGUUGUCUCGUCGGCACUUUUCCCUUUAACUCCUUUUUAAGUGGUUUUAUAUCGUGUGUAAGCUCAUUUGUCCUCGGUGUGUGUUUACGGUUACAAGUUAAUCCUGAAAAUAAAAACGAAUUUUCCGGUCUGAGUGCCGAGCGGGGCUUCGCCGAUUUCAUUUUUGCCCAUCUAGUUCUACAUAUAGUUGUGAUGAACUUCAUUGGGUAAAUUCAUAUUUUAAUUUUAAGAAUUUCUUAUGUGUAAUAAAUUUCAAUUUGAAUGAGUUUUGCAAUAAAUAUGUAUGUAAUUUAUUGUAAUAAAUGAAGUACUGUUCA